AUGCAUUUGAAGAGGUUGGCGAACAGCAAGCGCCUACUAUCCCUACUGAAGCCGAGCGAGCAGGGGGUGCGGUGCAUCACCCCCUGCGCAGUCUCGCUACUAUACGCCACUGCCGCCGGCUGCGCCGAAUGCGCCCCGUCGCCAGCCGCCAGCCGGGCCGGCCGUAGCAUCGGCGCAAGCGACGUUAGAGGCACCACACGC